AUGGGGUUGGGAUCCAUAUGGGUGGUCUUAGUAGUCAUAUUUUGUGGAUUAGGGGUUGGACAAUGGAUUCUAAAGAGAGUGAAUUGGUGGUUGUAUGAAGCUAAGCUGGGGGAAAAGAAGGAUUCACUUCCUCCAGGGGAUUUAGGCUGGCCUUUCAUUGGCAAUAUGUGGUCCUUUCUCAUAGCUUUCAAAUCCAGUGAUCCUGAUUCUUUCAUCCGCAGCUUCGUGAAUAGAUAUGGACAUACUGGAAUCUAUAAGGCCUUCAUGUUUGGGAACCCUAGUGUGUUGGUAACAACUCCUGAAGGAUGCAGAAGAGUAUUAACUGAUGACAAUGCAUUUAAACCUGGUUGGCCACUUGCCACAUUGAAGCUCAUUGGAGAGAAAUCCUUCAUUGAUAUUCCUUACGAAGAGCACAAACGCCUUCGCCGCUUGACAUCCGCAUUUGUCAAUGGUCAUGAAGCAUUGUCUACUUACAUUCCAUAUAUAGAACAAAAUGUUAUAGCUGAGUUGGAAAAGUGGACCACCAUGGGACAGAUUGAGUUCUUGACUAAAAUGAGAAAACUUACCUUUAGAAUAAUCAUUUAUAUAUUUCUUAGCAAAACAAGUGAGAGGGUCAUGAAGGCUUUGGAGAAGGAAUACACCACUCUUAAUUAUGGAAUCAGAGCCAUGGCAAUCAAUCUUCCAGGAUUUGCUUAUUAUGAAGCGUUAAAGGCUCGUAAAAAACUUGUGGCUAUAUUCCAAUCUAUUGUGGAUGGGCGUAGAAAUCUAAAGAAGGAUGAUGCUACAAACAUAAAGAAGAAAGAUAUGAUGGACUCUCUGUUGGAUGUUGAGGAUGAAAAUGGUAGGAAAUUGAUCGAUGAAGAAGUCAUUGAUAUUAUGUUGAUGUACUUGAAUGCAGGCCAUGAAUCUUCCGGCCAUAUCACAACAUGGGCCACUAUUUUCCUCCAGGACCACCCUGAAUAUUUCCAAAAAGCUAAGGAAGAGCAAGAACAAAUUAUAAAAAGAAGGCCACUAACACAAAAGGGAUUGUCACUUAAGGAAGUCCGAGAAAUGAAAUAUCUUUCCAAGGUAAUUGAUGAAACUCUUCGUAUGGUAACAUUCUCUCUCACUGUAUUUCGAGAAGCAAAAACAGAUUUUUGUAUGAAUGGUUAUACCAUUCCAAAAGGUUGGAAAGUUCUGGCUUGGUUUAGGACAAUUCACUUGGAUCCAGAAGUCUAUCCAAAUCCAAAGGAAUUUAAUCCUUCUAGAUGGGAUGAUUACACACCCAAAGCAGGGACUUUCCUCCCUUUUGGAGCUGGAAGCAGGCUGUGCCCUGGAAAUAAUCUUGCCAAGCUUGAAAUAUCUAUUUUUCUACAUUAUUUUCUCCUAGAUUAUAGGCAAAAUCCAGAAUGUUCUUGGAGAUUCCUACCCCAUACAAGACCAAUAGACAAUUGCCUGGCAAGAAUCAAGAAAGUUUCAUCCAAAUAUGUGUGA